GCGCUUUCCCGAACUUUGCCGAAGAUGUUUGCCGUGGCCAACCUCCGCCGCGCCGUCGCCCGCGCGACCAAGACCCGGACCCUCGUGGCACCGGCCAAGGCCAACCGCGCGCCUCUGAACCGCCGCCACUUCUGCGACAAGGCCAAGCCCAACCCGGCGCAGGCGGAAGCGCAGACGGAUGCGAUCGUCUUGACGCCGUACGAGAAGGUCGCUGCCACCACGCAGGUCGGCAUGUGGGCCGGUAUUGCCGGUUUGUCGGUCGUCUGCGGCUACUUUAUCGUGCGCGAGCUCUUCCCGAGCCGCAUGAGCCCCAACUCGCUCUUCAGCGAAGCCAGUGACAUUGUCUUGCAGAACGACAUGGUCUUGCAGCGCUUGGGCGCGCCGAUCCGCUGCUACGGCCGUGACCACGGUGGCCACAAGGAGGGUCGCCGCAACUUUAUCGAGCACGUCGAGCUCAACGACAAGGAAGGCAACAAGACGCGUCUUCGCAUCAAGUUCAACCUUCAGGGCCCGAACGGCAAGGCGCAGGCGUGGGCCGAGACGUACGCGAGCAUGAACAAGGGCGAGUACGUCUACUUGAUUGUCCAGACGUACACGGGCGAGAUCAUCAAGAUCCAAGACAACCGCCAGAUCCUUCAGGCCGACUCGGAAGAGGAGCGUGACGCCCUCAAGCGCUUGCUCGGUGGCAACUAGACGACGAUUCGAUAACACGUUUCCAUUACCCAUG